AUGGCUGAAGAGGAUGUCCAGCCCAUUGUGUGUGACAAUGGCACCGGAAUGGUCAAGGCGGGGUUCGCCGGCGACGAUGCGCCGAGGGCCGUGUUCCCCAGCAUCGUGGGCAGGCCGCGGCACACGGGGGUGAUGGUGGGCAUGGGCCAGAAGGACGCGUACGUGGGCGACGAGGCGCAGUCCAAGCGAGGCAUCCUGACGCUCAAGUACCCCAUCGAGCACGGCGUGGUGGGCAACUGGGACGACAUGGAGAAGAUCUGGCACCACACCUUCUACAACGAGCUCCGGGUGGCGCCCGAGGAGCACCCGGUGCUGCUCACCGAGGCGCCCAUGAACCCCAAGGCCAACCGGGAGAAGAUGACCCAGAUCAUGUUCGAGACCUUCAACUGCCCCGCCAUGUACGUGGCCAUCCAGGCCGUGCUCUCCCUCUACGCCAGCGGCCGGACAACCGGCAUCGUCAUGGACUCGGGCGACGGCGUCAGCCACACCGUCCCCAUCUACGAGGGCUUCACGCUCCCCCACGCCAUCAUCCGGCUGGACCUCGCCGGGCGCGACCUCACCGACGGCCUCAUGAAGAUCAUGACGGAGAGGGGCUACUCCUUCACCACCACCGCCGAGCGGGAAAUCGUCAGGGACAUCAAGGAGAAGCUCGCCUACGUCGCCCUCGACUACGAGCAGGAGCUGGAGACCGCCAGGACCAGCUCCUCCGUCGAGAAGAACUACGAGCUGCCGGACGGCCAGGUGAUCACCAUCGGCGCGGAGCGGUUCAGGUGCCCCGAGGUGCUCUUCCAGCCGUCCAUGAUCGGCAUGGAGGCCGCCGGCAUCCACGAGGCCACGUACAACUCCAUCAUGAAGUGCGAUGUCGAUAUCAGGAAGGAUCUGUACGGCAAUGUCGUGCUCAGUGGGGGUUCCACCAUGUUCCCUGGGAUCGCCGACCGUAUGAACAAGGAGAUCACCGCACUCGCGCCCAGCAGCAUGAGGGUGAAGGUGGUCGCCCCGCCGGAGAGGAAGUACAGUGUGUGGAUCGGCGGCUCCAUUCUUGCCUCUCUCAGUACCUUCCAGCAGGUAGCCAUUUUUUUCUUACAUACUUGCUCACUAAUGCUCUGUUAUUGCUCGUUUCACUCUCCGAGAUUAAUGGCGUGCCUUCAUUUGUGUUACAGAUGUGGAUCUCCAAGGCGGAGUACGAUGAAACCGGCCCGUCGAUCGUCCACAUGA